AGUAUGCCGUUUCGGUCUAGACGAACGUUGAUUUCGUGCAGUCGUGUAUGCUACGGAGCUUGCGAUGAAGUUGUUGUUAUGUUGCGGCGGACGGAAGGCGGUAGUAUCCGGUGACAGCAUCGCCACCGUCGAAAACGCAAUUGGUCCUGCAGCUGCGGCACUAAGUAUACCAGAAGAGGAAUUAAGGCGCAAUCAUUUGAUGAUCUACGACGGUGACUUCGACACCUACGAGGAAACUGCGCUGUCGGCCCUCGUCAAGGAUAAGGACAGAAUCGUAUUCGAAGACGGCGAGUCAGAAGGCAUAGUGGUGCAAGACAUUGUGAACCUUGCUGCUGUGCCGAGAACGUCAAAACCUCGUACAGAUGAUUGCGUGUUCCCACCCGUUCCUGUUGACAUUCAGAAGGCAACUGCCAAUCACCAACGGGGAAACAUAUUCGAGGCCCGAUCAAGGGUCGUAUCCUGGCUCUAUUUCGACCAGUGUAACUACACAAGGGUACCAGAGGCAACAGUGUUACAGAGCAGGAGAAACAGGACUCAUUUCAGUGGUGGGCACGAGAUUUCUUUAAUGGGCGGGGGCACUGUCUUAUGGCGACAUGACUCUCCAUCCAAUUAUUGACCAAAGGGACUUCAGGUUUCCAGACAAGCUCUACGAAACAGUAACCAGGGAGCUUGUAAAUCUGUUUCCGUGUCUCUCGGACCAAAUGGCUCCGGAAAUGGAUCGUGGAAAGCAGAACUACGCUCGAAAGCAAAAUACGAACGCUUGAAAAUGAGACGCUCGGGCGACACAGUGCUUAUAGCGGAAGCGACGAGGCCGCCUAAUCCGGGGGAUAAAAGGCAAGCGGGAAGCGCCUGUGAAAGCGCUGCCAAGCGGACGUGCAGAGUUCCCGUAACCGCUAUGCCAAAUGGUGAGACGGACGGCACUGUGGAACAGCACAUUGAACUAAUGAAAGGAGAGAUGCAAAGAGAGAACCCGAGCUCGCUGCUAAUAUAAAGCAGCAUGACCUCAACCCUGGAACACCGACGUGCGUGGAUGGUGACCCAAUAUCCAUCGUUCAAGGAAGUGCUAGAAAUAUAUCCAGCGUUCCAACAUCCCAAGCAGCUACUUGCCCUGGUCUUAUAACCUGU